AUGUCGGCGAUGCAAGAGCAACAGGUACUGCCGGAGGGACCCAGGAACUUCAUCACCACGAGCCAGGACCAUGGAGGCAUCGCGCUCACGAUCUGUACGCUUAUGGCAACUUGGGUGGUGCUUUGCUUUGUUGUGAGGAUGUAUAUGAGGGCGACUGUUAGUGGGCCUUUUGGACUGGAUGAUAUUGUCUGCAGUGUUGCGACGGUCUUUGGGGUGAUACAGAUGAUUGUGUCGGCAUCGGCAAUAUCAUUCGGGUUUGGGAAGGCUUUGGUGCUGUUGACGCCGGAGCAGAUCGGGGCGGCCGAGAAGGCUGUCUACUACAUUGUCACGGACACUCUGACGAAGUGCACUGUUGCAUUACUGAUUGCGCGCAUCGUCUUUAUCAAGAGCCGCGUCCAAGCUUGCUAUGGUGUCGUGGCAGCGUCCUGCAUCUGGGGCUUUGCUUCUUUCCUGGCAGAGGCAAUUCGAUGCACGAGAUAUGCGCCCUGGACGAUUGUUGGCGAUCAGUGCGGAAAUCUGCUCCUAUCAUGGCAAGUAAUCACAGCCUUCAACAUCCUCAUCGAAGUCGCACUCCUGAUGUUCCCCAUAUGGCUCGUGUGGGGACUACGAACAAACCUUUCGAGGAAGAUCACCGUGGUCGUUGUAUUCUGGCUGCGAUUGCCAGUGGUCGUUGCUGCUGGGCUCCGGAUACAUUUCCUGGCCAAAUCGAUCGGCACGUCCGAGCCGCUGUUGAAUGCUGUCAUCCCGUUCUUCUGCAUGAACAUCGAAGUGCACUAUUCACUCAUGGCAGCGACAAUGCCCACUCUCAAGCCCUUCGUGGGAGCCUUCAACACCGGCUGGGGCACAUACGACAAUCACGGAAUUAGCGGGUACGGCGGGAGCAGUGGAGGGUCCUAUGCUCUACAUUCGUUGGAACGGAAGAAUGGGAAGAAGGGUUCGACGCCGGUGAACCGAAGUCAUGCCAGUGGGGAAGAAGGUGACGCUCUAAGGCCGAACUAUGGGAAGAAUGUCACGCAUGUAAGAUCAAUACCGACGCCGACUAGGAGCUCGGGCGGGAGCGAGGAGAUGAUUAUACGGCAGACUGUGACUUGUGAGGUCCAUUAUGAGGGGAGUGAGCAGGACGCGAAAGGGAGCCGGGUCACAAGUCGAGAGGGUGACUCGAUUGAUUAUGUCAAGCUGUAUUGA